AUGAGUUCGUGCAGUAGCCGUGCGUUGACCAUCCUGUCCACAGUGUUUGGAGCCUGCGGGCUGCUGCUGGUGGGGGUGGCCGUGUCCACGGACUACUGGCUGAUCAUGGUGGAGGGCAUCAUCCUACAGCAGAACCAGAGCAUGGAGGUGAAGAUGGCGCUGCAUUCAGGCCUCUGGAGAGUUUGCUUCGUGGCUGGAUCAGAAAACGGGAGAUGUGUUGCGUCAGAGUACUUCACUGAACCCGAUAUAGAGAUCACCACUGAAAACACUGCAAACAUCCUCAAGAUGGUGCGGACAGCCACGCCCUUCCCGAUGGUGUCGCUGCUCUUUGUCUUCACGGCCUUCGUCAUCAGUAACAUCGGACACAUCCGGCCUCAGCGCACCAUCCUGGCCUUUGUGUCCGGCAUCUUCUUUAUCCUCUCAGGCCUCAGUCUGGUGGUGGGCCUGGUGCUCUACAUCUCCAGUAUUAAUGAUGAGGUGAUGAACCGUCCCAGGGAGCCCGAGCAGUUCUUCAACUACCACUAUGGCUGGUCCUUCGCUUUUGCUGCCUCUUCCUUCUUACUCAAAGAGGGGGCCGGGGUGAUGUCAGUCUAUCUGUUUAUGAAGCGCUACGCUGAGGAAGAGAUGUACCGCCCCCACCCUGCACUCUACCGCCCCCGCCUGUCCGAAAGCAGCGACUACAGUGGCCAGUUCCUCCACCCAGAAUCCUCCUGGCCCCCGCCAAAGCGAGGCCGCAGCACCUCUGAAGCCUCCAGCGACAUCUCAAUCCAGCUCAACCAGGCACCCCCAGCGCCACCCAAAAGCAAGCUCCAAACAGGUGGCCAGGGCAGCCCACCUUCUGGGUCUUCUUCCGCAGGGAGCUACCAAAUGCCUCCGCAGCCUGCUGGAUACUCCUCCAUGCACACCCUAACCAGGUCGCACUCCUCGCAUCCCCAAGGCCAGGCUCUUCCCAUGGCCAUGCCUCCAUCACCUGUACCUCCCCCUCACUAUCACACACACAUGCACAUGAGCGCCUCCCCCUGUUAAGAAGAGGGAGCAUCGGGGAGGACAGGAGAGACACUGUGACUCCUCAUAAUCAUGUAUACAGUACAUUUAGAUGAUGGAUGAAAGGAAAUGCUGAGCUUGGAGCACAGAUGUGAGAUGAAGUGAGAGGGAGAGGUGAUGUAAAAAAUGUAGCGUUUGGAACAAUGUGGACCAAGGACAAAGGAGGCUUUGGAAAUAGAUUUAAAAGGAUUGUGGAGAUUUUACAGAAACUGUGAUGGAUGAAGAAAAAUAAAAACAGAAGAGUGAAAAAGAGGAAUUCAGUUUGCCACAAUAGAAAGAGGGAAAAAAGUGUUUCCUAGAAAGACUUUAGAGGUUAGGUUGAGUGACAGAGGAGAUAUAGGGGAGGGAGAGUGAAGCAGGGAGAGCGAGGUGCUGCGGUAUAAUACGAAGAUACUGCAGUGCUGCGGGAAAUUUGUAUGCACUUGAUAAUGUACAAUGCAAAACACUGAUCACAAAGACUGAGGAUGCACAUAGUUUUAUACAUACAUAAUUCAUGACGAUACAUGGACUAUGUUUCCUUUUUACCUAACGGGUAAAUGUGGUAAAAUAUAUUCUUGUCUUCUCUGAAUUUCUUACAUCACCAAUCCAGUUUCAUAACUCACAGUGUCAAAGUAGUGUUAUUAAUAUAAUGAAUUAAAAAUUAUUAGUUAACAAUAGAGUAAUUCUGAAUUGAGAACACUGUAUGUGAAUGUUGUUACCGUUUGUAAAAAUGAUACAGACAGAAGUGGAUGAUGUUCUGAAUUAUCAUAAGGAGAAAUCAACUUUAUGUUUUACAUAUUUGUUUAAGAUACAAAUUUCUAACUUUACUGUACAUAAAACUGCACAUGAGGACUUCUAUAUAGCUGUUGUAAAUUAUGAAUUAGGCUUUGGCACAAGUCACAUCAAGAAAAUGUCUGACUCAUUCUGCUUUUGGUGAACACUCUGCAACAGGCGUAGUACAACCAACAACACACCCUCUGGAUGCAGCGCACACGCCGGGUUGAAGGAGGAACCACUGAUACAGGGGUCUGAUGCCCUCUACUGGUCACUGUUCUGCACUGACCCUGGACCAGCCCCUCCUGGGCUCAGUUCACUAUUUUUUUUUUCAUGCACUCUUCCUUCCUCACUGACCUGCACUGUGUGUCAGUUGAUGGUGCAGCACAGAUGAGCUGAAGCUGUUGUCCAUCCAGAGGUGGAGUUAUGGUGAAUGUCAGGAGCAACGAGAGGUGCCGUUUUGAACUGUAAAUGGAUUAAGAUAUAUGCGUAUAUGCUUUAAAGACUGGUUAGAGGAUUUUUUUAAAGCUUCAGUGCAGUUUAUAUAUCUGGAAAAAUCACAUGAUGAAAGUAUUAAUUACAUUUGCACUUAACUGCUCAAAGGACAAUACCACUG